AUGCCUCAGCAAUCAUCGCCGCCAUCACCUGGCGAUGCUCCAGCACAAAUUGAAAGCGUAUGUUGUAAUCCUCAAGCUCAAGUGAGAUUAAAAGAUCGAGCAACAUGGAAAAUUCAUGGAAAACUCGAGUAUUCCAGUGAACAAACUGAAGGAAAACUUAGAGAUAUGUUUGAAAAAUUACUCAAAGCAUCCGAUAUACUUUCACCAUCUGUUACGAAAUUACUUCAAAAACCUGGAUUAUCCGUUGAAGAAAAAAAACUAUUAAGACUCACAAAUCCUGAUAAUAUUCAGGUUGAGUCUAAUUAUCGAGGACCACACAUCAAAAGUCCAAUUACAAGAAGUACAUUUGUUGAUUUGAUUGAAGCUUUUCAACAAGGACAUGUUUUACAUGAAAAAUACGUCUAUGUAAUUCUUCAUCAAGCACGUGCUAUACUUAAAACGUUACCAAAUGUUAAUCAUAUUGAUUUAUCUAAUUUACAUCAUAUAUUUAUUGUUGGCGAUCUUCAUGGACAAUUAGCUGAUUUAUUACAUAUAUUUAAUGCGAAUGGAUUACCUGCAACUGAUAAUCCAUUUAUAUUCAAUGGAGAUUUCGUUGAUCGAGGUCCGAAUUCAGUUGAAGUUAUUCUUUUACUUCUGGUUGCUUUAAUUCUCUAUCCGAGUUCAGUAUUUCUCAAUCGAGGCAAUCAUGAAGAUCAUAUGGUUACAUUUCGAUAUGGUUUCGAAAAUGAAGUUAAUCGAAAAUAUACAAAAUGUAAAACAUCAUUAAUUGAUCUAUUCAAAGAUUUAUUCAGUUGGCUACCAAUUUAUUCAUCUGUUGACACAGGAAUUUCUAAACUGAUGAUAGUCCACGGAGGAAUAUCUGAUCGUAUUAACUUAUCACAAAUAAAUUCUCUGACAAGAAAUCGAUUAGAUAGUUCACUUAGUAUACCACCGAUAUCGAAAAAUAUUGGCCAACGAUUGACUAAAGAUGAAGAAGAUGAGUAUCUUCAAAUGGCAGAUUUAUUGUGGUGCGAUCCGGAUCCUGAAGAUCGUCCAGGCUGUCGAAACAAUGAUAAUAGAAGUAUGGCUUGCUAUUUUGGUCCGGAUGUGACAGAAAAAUUUCUGAGUAAAAAUCACUUUUCAAUGCUUAUACGUUCACAUGAAGUUAAAGAAAAGGGUUAUGAAUUUGAACAUAACAACAAAGUUUUAACUGUUUUCAGUGCAUCGAAUUAUAAUGGUGAAUCCAAUUGGGGUGCUAUUGCACGAUGGGAUUACAAGACAGAAGAGCCGUGGGUUAUGUCAUAUACAUCUCAAGAUAUUGCUCCAGUUGAAGAAUUGAGUUUUAAUAAACAAGUAACAUUAUUCGAAGAUCCAGUUUAUCAAUCAUUAAUGGAGACAAUUGUAGCGAAGCAAAGUUUACUUAGAAAAGAAUUUGAAAGAUCCGAUAGAAAUCAAACUAAUCAUAUAUCUUUGACGAAUUGGGCCGAUAUAAUGAAAAAUGUUCUUCAAAUUGAUUUGCCUUGGUUUAACUUACGUUCAAAAUUUGUAAAAGAAGACACGCAAGGAAUCUUAUAUAAUAGUAUGCUUGAAGAAUAUGCUUCAGAUGAUGCGAAAUUUCAAAAGUCUCAUGCAGGUAUUAUGGAAGAUUUAUAUAUGUCGAAAGAUGUACUUAUGACAUUAUUUAAUUUAAUUGAUUCUGACCAUUCAGGUUUUAUAAGUCGUGAUAGAUUUUCUGAUUUUAUUAAACUUUUACUUGACCGUGAAAAUGGUACGGGCGAUGUAAACCAAGGUUAUAUUGAUGAAGUCAUGUCGGCAAUGGAUUUGGAUAAAAAUGGAAAAAUUGAUGUUAAUGAAUUUCUAGAGAGUUUUCGUAUUGUGAAUAUGAAGAAACCACAAAGCUUAUAUGAUAAACCAAAAACAACGCAUACCAUUAUAUAA